UUUAUUGUUUUGACUUUAAUAUAAGUAUGUGGAAAACAAUUAUUUUAGAUAAUAACGUUUAUUUGCUAAAACAUAAAGAAAUUGGGAAUAUUUACGAGAUAUCUCUAACGAACCUCGCACAAAUCUGGUUCUGUAAAGUGUCUGGUGAUGUAAUUUAUAAAAUAUUCCAGGAAUGUAAUCCUAUAGUGGAGAUUAAGCAAGAUGAAGCCUUAAAGCAAGUUUUUGAAUUAUUAAAAGAUACCGAUAAAUCCGAAAUUAAAAUUAGCAUACUCGAUUCUUCUGCGAAACUUUGCAUAGCUAGCGAUUUAUCGGAGUGUGUUGAUGCGAAAUUUAAAAUCAAAUUCGAAGUGGAACUUCAAAAGGCAGAAGCUGAAUUGUUACGAGAAGGGUUAAUUGUACCGCUGAUACAAACUGUGAUAUUGUUGGAAAAACGGCAAAAUAUGAUGAAAAAUUUGCUGAUAAAGAAAGAUAGGGAAUUGGAGGAAUAUCGGAUCGAAAAAGGAACGAUUACCAGAGGUGACCUUACGACUGAGAAAUUUUCAUCGGAAAGCCUUGUUUCGUCUAGUAACAAUCUUUUGUUAAAUGUUCUAGAGAAUGUGGAGGAAAUUAUUGGAAAAACUUAUGGAAAAAUCGAAGAAAAAGUCACAGAAGUCGAAGUGGAACCGUGGAAUAAGGUGAAGAGAAAAAGGAAAGUUUACAGCAAAGAAACCGCAGCCAAAGCACAAUAUAGUAUAUAUAACAGAAAAAAAUAA